GGAGCUGGACAUGAGCUCCACGAGGAUAAUGGAUAUUAAGAUGCGGGAUUCAGCAGAAGGGCUUGGUGAGGACAGCUCAGGAAAGAAGAAGUCCAAGUUCAAGACUUUUAAAAAGUUUUUUGGGAAGAAGAAAAGAAAAGAGGCCUCCACACCUGCAAGCAGCAGCACCUGGAAGCCCAGUCAGUCAGAGAGUAAUGACAUUACUCCAGUAUCCCUACCCGUUGGCUACGACUCAGAGGAUGAACUCGAGGAUCACAAGGGUACUUUGGGGAGCCGAGCCCUUUCACACGACAGCAUUUUCAUUCCUGAAACGGGUCAAGACCCCCCCAGGCCAGCUCGGGUAUUUUCUCAGGAAAAUGUGUCUGAGAGAAUCAAAGCUUUACAGAUGAAAAUACAGUAUAAUAUGAAACUGGGACCCCCUCCUCCAUGUGGGAUUCCCACUAAACGGGCAGAUGAUGCCGGCAUGAGUUCUGAAGAUGAUGGGUUACCCAGGAGUCCUCCAGAAAUGUCUUUAUUACACGAUAUAACUGCCACCACCACCACAAAGUUCUCUGACCCUCACAAGCAUCUUAGCUCUUUGAGUUUAGCUGGAACAGGCAGUGAAGAAGAAGAACAGGUCACUUUAGGUUCUUCUUCCAGACCCAUCUCUCCAGACCAGCUUUUCUCCAGACAUGCCAGCGAUACUAUGACAUCACCGAGGACAUCUGACAGUAGCCUCUCACCUCUAGCAGAUUUCGAUUAUCCUCCUGAAUUCUCCUCCUGCCUCGAUAACUCAGCAGCAAAGCACAAACUCCUGGUUAAACCUCGAAACCAGAGGUCCAGCAAAAUGAGACGGUUGUAUUCGCGAGCACAGUCAGAAUCUCUAAGUGAUCUGACUUGUACCCCGGAGGAAGAGGAGGAAGAUGGGAAACAAAUGCUCAAAGACCAGAAAGAUGAGAAUACCAGUUAUAGCCAGGAGGAAAUGAUAGACAAGAAUACUACAGCAAACAGCCCAGAGAUUUUGAGCCCAGAGAUGCCUGAGGAACCUUCCCAGAGCCAAGAGAACCAAGAUGAAAAGCCUUUGGUGCUCCAAUCUUCUGAUGUAUUUGCCAGUCCAGGGGAGUUGUCAUCACCAGAAAAUAACCAUGAGACUACAGUGGAAAUCAGUGGCUCAGAGUUAGAGUCAGACCAUUUACUUUCUUUAGUUCCCCCUUCUCUUCCUGAAAACUCCUCGCUUCCUGCUCUAGAUGAAGAAGAAAGCAAAGAAACAUCUCCCACAGCAGUGUCUCCUCCUACAAGGAGCACAUGUGAGGAGUUGGUUUGUCCACUUAGUGAAGUCCAAAGUCAGUCUUGUGACAGCCCUCUAGAUAUACCCCCUCCAACGGCUAUUUCUAACACUACUGCAAUUUCAUCUGGUUUAGAUUGUUCAGAAAAUAACACAGAGGAGUCAAAAGACAGCCUAGAGGUGUCUGAUGCUGGGGAAGUGGUGAAAGAAUCCACCAUAAUGCCUGACCUGGGCACCCAGUUACCAAAGAGUUGUUUGAAAAACAAAAACUCUUCGGUCACCUCGAGUCCCAGUGUUUCUCCCAUUCCUCUCAAGUCAGUGUCACCACAGCUGGGACCUGCCCCCUGGCAGCUGGAGAAAAAGACCACCCCUGAGGAGGUCCCCAAGUCUGAGCAACAAGGCUCCCCUCCCACAACUCCCAAGGGAGGAGGGGUGUCAGAUGGUAAACUGGAAAGGGCAACCAGUGAACUGAGAAGCUCCAGAAAGUUCUCUGUGUCUUCCUCCUGGGAGAGACCAAAGGCCAGCAACCUCUAUCUGAAAGAACAUUCAGGCAGCAACGCUCCAUCAAACACAAAGUUGUCCCUGCUGAAGACAAAUGUGACCUCAAGAAAUGAGGUGACCAGAGAUAAUCUUCAGAUGAACACUGAACACCAGGAAGGGAAAUUGGGCAUUAUAAAACAGGCACCACCAGUAGAGAGUGACUCUCAGAAGAACUCUGUCUGCCGAGAGGGUGACCACACUAGACCACCAAAGGCAGAUCCCUGUCCACAGUUACCCAGUCAGCCUGAGGGUGAAGACAAAAACCCCUUUCAAGUCAAACUCCGGUCCACUUCGCUGUCUUUCAAAUAUAGAGAUGGAUCAUUCCCAGAAUCAAAGGGAAUGAAGCGAUACAGUGCAGAGAUCAGGAUGGAGAGAGGGGGGUUGAGGUUGCUUUCAAAAGAUGAAAAAACUCAGUUCAAAAGACUAUCAGAUAUAAGUGCAGCUAGUCCUCUAAACGAUAAGGUAAAAGGUAAAGCCAAGUCCUCGGAGCAGCUUAGUCACAAGCCACCAUUACCCAAAAAACCUGUUUUGCAAACUCUAACUACUCCCCACUCACACACACUCCCUGCAGGGAAUCUUGAAAACCUGGACAAAUUAAUCAAGUCUCCAGAAUCCAGAAACGAAACUAAGGCCCUGGAGAAAAAGUUGCCUCUUCACAAAGUAGCUGAAAAAAACACGCCAUCCCCAGCAUCAGCCCCUGGAGCCUCGGAGGGCCACUCACUGCCACCCUGGAUUACUCUGGCCAGGCAGAAGCGCCGGGGCUCACGAGAACAGCAGCUGCUGAGCAAGGAGGAAAAGCCUGCUGCACCAGCCGCAAAGUCAGACCCAGAAAAGCCGGCUAAAGACCCGGACCGAACAGAGGAGCGCAUUAAGCAACAAGCUGACUUUGUCCGGAGCAAAUCUUUCCUGGUGACACCAGCUAAAACUUCUGAAGAACAGAAGCCCAGAGCAAAGCUGAACCUCAAAGAAGGACUCCACCGAGGCAUUUCACUUUCCCAUCAGAACCUAGCAGCUCAAUCUCAGGUGAUGACUGAGAAAGAACUGAAUCAGCUAAAGAGGGCCAGUUACUCCAGCGCAGAUCAGCCAUCCUGGAUGGAACUUGCCAAAAAGAAGUCUCAAGCCUGGAGUGAUAUGCCUCAGAUUAUAAAAUAG